AUGGGUGAUGUUGAGAAAGGCAAGAAAAUUUUUGUACAGAAGUGUGCCCAGUGCCACACUGUUGAGAAGGGAGGCAGGCACAAGACUGGGCCAAGUCUCCAUGGUCUCUUUGGGCAGAAGACAGAUCAGGCUGCUUUAUUCUCUUACACAGAUGCCAACAAGAACAAAGGUAUCACCUGGGGAGAGGAUACAUUGAUGGAGUAUUGGGAGAAUCCCAAGAAGUACAUCCCAGGAACAAAAAUGAUCUUUGCUGGCAUCAAGAAGAAGGGAGAGCAUCUUGAAGAAAGGGCAGACUUAAUAGCUUACCUCAAAAAGGCUACUCAUGAGUAA